CGCGCUCUCGAGCCGUUCAUGGCCGCUCGAGCCCCGAGUCGCCGCGGCUGCUCGCGUGCUUGUGAGUCGGGGCCGGGGACGGCGGGGCACGCGGCCGGUCCCCCGCCGGUGAUGGUGCGUGACGGUGUAACGGGAACACACCGUUAACAGACGGUUACCGGAGAAACGCCAUCUUGUGUGAUCGCGGAGCGGCGGGCCGGACUGUCCGCCAUUUACUGAGCGUUUCACACACCGAGUCCCGGGGAACACACCGACUGACGGACCCCGGGUCUGAGCCGGCGCACACCGGGCAGCUGGGUCGAAUCCCCCCGGUACCGGAGAGGAAGUUAAUCGUUCAAUCCGACUGUUAGCUACAGGCUAACGUUAGCCUGACCGGUGAAGUCAGCUGCUUUACACCGGACAUGAUGACGUUGUAUUCGCGGUAGCCUCGCAGCUGUUAGCCCGUUAGCUUAGCUCCAAGUUUCACAAUAAAACACGUUCGUUUCCUGCGCAUGAAUUUAAAAGGAACAUAAAUAAAUCUUUGUGAAUGCGAACCUAACAAGUCCACAGUCCUGCUCCGCUAAAGGCAUCGGAGCGUGUGUACGCGCCCAUGUGCGCGUGUCCGCUGUAGUAGAUCAACAUGAACUAUUGGUGUGAAGCUGCGGGGGGGGGGGCAUGACGUGAGACACGAUGAAAUGAUAUCACCUUCUCGGGAUGACGUCAUAAACAAUAUAUCAGAUCAUGUAUAAUCUGAUGUUUUUCAGUUUGCUUCAGUAUCUGGGUCAGUGUAAACAGGAAGUGAUCACAGUCACCUGCUUUUAUUUUUUGAAAGAACAGGAAGUGAUCACAAUGACGGAGACGGUGAAGUACGUGGACGACGAGCACAGGAGCAUCUUCCUGAAGCUGCUGAACGAGCAGCGGCUGGAGGGCGAGCACUGUGACAUCGCCGUGGUGGUCGAAGACGUCAAGUUCCGUGCUCACCGCUGUGUCCUUGCCGCCUGCUCCAACUACUUCAAAAAACUCUUCAAGAAACAUGAGGUGGACAACUCCUCAGUGAUUGAGAUCGACUUCAUCCGCUCCGACAUCUUUGAGGAGGUGCUGAACUACAUGUACACGGCAAAGAUCUCCGUCAGGAAGAGAGAUGUUAACCUGAUGAUGUCAUCAGGACAAAUCCUGGGCAUCCGCUUCCUCGACAAGCUGUGCUCGCAGAAACGAGACGUGUCCUCAGAAGACAAAGACAAGUUUCCAUACGACAUCGUGAAGAUGGCUCUGCCGCCGGAGGCUCAGCUGGCUGCGGAGGCUGACGUCCUCGGGGAGCACGACGACACGCCCACCGCCGAUGACCUCGUUGAGGCAUCAGCCAAUCAGGAGUUGGAUAAGUCUCCCAGUGCAGCGCUACGUGUCCAGGAAGCAAUCCUGAAGGAGCUGACCAAUGAUGAUGUACACAAGGUUACGUGUUAUGACCAGGAUGUGGUGACAGACAUGGAGGCUGAGCCUAAAGAGCUGGGGGCGGAGCAUCACGCCACCCAGACGCUGACAUUUGCUGACAGUAUGGGCGAGGUGAAGGACGAGCAGCCGCCUGGUUGGUCCACAGCGACCACCGAUAUGAAGUUUGAAUAUUUGUUGUAUGGACACAGAGAACAACUUGCCUGUCAGGUGUGUGGGAAGAGCUUCCUGGACGAAAGCCGCCUGAGGAAACACGAGAAGCUUCACUCGGCCGAGCGUCCGUUUGCGUGUGAGAUCUGCACCAAAGCUUUCACCACACACGCUCACCUGAAAGAACACCUGAAGAUCCACACGGGGUUCAAACCAUAUCGCUGUGACGUUUGUGGAAAAUCGUUCAUCAGAGCGCCGGACCUUAAAAAACACGAACGAGUUCACAGCAACGAGAGACCAUUCGCCUGCCAGAUGUGUGACAAGGCGUUUAAACACAAGUCUCACCUGAAGGAUCACGAGAGGAGACACAGAGGAGAGAAACCAUUUGUCUGUCCGUCCUGCACCAAAGCCUUCGCCAAGGCCUCAGAUCUGAAGCGUCAUGAAAACAACAUGCACAGUGAGAGAAAGCAGCUGAAUCCACUGCAGAGCGACACAGAGACACUGCAGGCCGCCGCCAUGGCUGCAGAGGAGCAACAUCUGGACAGCAUCAGCUGAUCCAUACAUCUGGAUAGUGACAGCUGAUCCAAAACAUCUGGACAGCAUCAGCUGAUCCAUACAUCUGGAUAGUGUCAGCUGAUCCAAAACAUCUGGACAGCGUCAGCCGGUCCAAAACUUCUGGAUAGUGUCAGCUGAUCCAAAACAUCUGGACAGCGUCAGCCGAUCAAAACAUCUGGAUAGCGUCAGCUGAUCCAAAACAUCUGGAUAGCGUCAGCUGAUCCAAAACAUCUGGAUAGCGUCAGCUGAUCCAAAACAUCUGGAAAGCGUCAGCUGAUCCAAAACAUCUGGAAAGCGUCAGCUGAUCCAAAACAUCUGGACAGCGUCAGCCGAUCCAAACAUCUGGUGGACUCCAGCUGUUGAUGACAUCAUCAUUCAAACAUUUUCUCUGUAUCUUAUGUUCAUUUUUAACAGAGACCUUUUAUGACGUUCUGUUUGUGUUGAAGUCGUUUCCUCGUGUGCGACAGUAAACAUGUAUGACCUCAGUAGUCAUGUGAUCCAUGGCUUCAUGUACGAUCUCACAUUGUUUUUACACGUGAAACCAAACUGUACAGAAAUCAGCUGAUUUUCAAGCUGUUGGUUUGUGUUGUAUAAAACUGUUGCUCUGUUCAGUUUCAUGAGCGGAGCCGCUGUUAGAACACGUCUGUUUAUUUCAUCACGAUAAACUACAGGUGCCCAGAGUGGACACGUGAACUGAACUUUUUACACGGUUCCACUGAAAAUAAACCUUUUCAUUCAGAUCUUCUGUAACUUGGACAUUUUCACAUCUCCACACGUUUGCAGCUCAGUCUUUGACUUUAUGUGCAGUCUGAUGUAUAUGGUGUUCCGUCACGCUGAUAAGAGUCGGUGGUCAGAACCAUUGACCAGCAGGAGGAAAACAGAACAUCAACAGAUCUGGUUUUUAAUAUGAACAAGUCUUCAGAUUUUACCAACAAAAAAAGGUGAAACGAGAAGAAGAAGAGAAGAUUAAUAAAAACAUUUAUUUUUCUCGAACUUUUUAUAAAACAAGUGAAACUUUCAGUCAAACAUUUGCUUGACAGGAUGUGAGACAGUUGUCAACUGGAGUUGUUUGAGGUGUUGGUGCGACAGGUGGGAAGGCACGUUGUGAAACAGGAUCAAGGUUGGAAGAGGUGGUGAGACAGGUUGGACCAGUUUUGGGACAGGUCUGAUGAUUGUAGGUCGGUAGUGAGACAAAUGUCUGAAUCAGGGUUUGAUCAGCCAAUCACAGUGAGGAUUCACUCUGUAAACAUCCAAGAGGACGCAGUCUGGGUGGAGGCGACGUUCACCUGAGAGACAGACAGGUGUAGAUAUUCAGAUUUACAUGUGGAGCAGGUGAGUUUAUUUUGAUGAUGUCAAAACCAGACUCACAGAUGUUUCCUCCGACCUCAUACAGACUCUGAACUGGACUGAUGGUCGAGAGAGAGUGAGACAGAGAGAGAGAGACAGAAUCAAUGGAAGCUUUAUAAAUGUUUUUUUAAAUUGUGGCUCAGAGAACCUCCACCUGGACGGAGGAGAGCUCACAAGGCGCCAGCUGCCAGAGGGACACGAGAGACAGAUGGACAAGAUUGUUUGUUUUGAUAAAUGUUUUCUCCUGUUUUAAAGAAUAAAAGGAUUCUAAAAAUCAA